AUGCCAAUUGUUCGCCCAAAUAGCAAUGAAAAUAGUGUUCCAAUGCCUCGAGUAGGUAGCGAUUCGAAAGAAGGAAACAACAGUCCUGUUAAGCAGCUGCUCUAUAAGAGAUUAUCCUUUCUUAGAAACAAGAAAACUAGUGGAACGGUGAUAGGGAAUAUUCUUGUGUCCACUUCUUCUUCUUAUGAUUCCAGUGUCACUUUAGCUACAUCGGGAUCAUAUGAUAGUACCAACGACUCUAGCAAUAGUGGUGAUUCCAGCGAGGACGUAAAUAAUGACAGUUCUGCAGAUGAGGUAAGCAGAAGUAUGGUGCAUGGAUUUAGCAGUGCUUUGGCAGUUAUCAGUCUGCCACUCACGAGGAGCGUUGUGUAUACGUCAUCGGACUCGCUUGGCUUUCCAGACGAGUAUUUCUCCAGGCCUCUUGACAGGAAGAAUAUUCCUGUGGAAUUUCUAGAACCGGGAUUCGAAAUGCUCAGAGUAACACAUAGAAAGAAGGUGAAGCGAUUUUUCCGGCUUGAUUUGGAGCAGAGUAGACUCUACUGGAAUAGUAAGGCGUCGUCCUUUCUUGAGAUCGAAAAGAUCAAAAGUAUUCGUAUUGGAGACGAGGCCAAGAAUUACCGAGAGGAAUUCAAGGUGUCGUCUCAGUACUGCGAUUUUUGGAUCACAGUGAUCUACCACAACUAUGCCAAAUCUAAUAACAUCAAGGCCUUGCACAUCAUAGCUACCAGUAAGCGUGAUUACGAUCAGUUUCUCUACACCCUCAGCAACCUGGUAUACUUCCGUAGACAGCUGCAAUCGAGCUUGUACUCAGCUGCAUGCAGCAAUCUGUUUACCAAAUUCCACUGGAACAAUAAAUCUUCUGGAAUGGAUCGUCUUGACUUUGAAGGAGUAUUGAAGAUGGCAACCCGGCUUCAUAUUUACGUUGAUCGUGACUUCUUGCUCAAAAUAUUCAAAACUGAAGACCGAGGUGGCAAGGAGUAUUUGGACUUUGAUGAGUUCAAAAGAUUCGUUAAGACUCUACGGCAGAGACAUGAGUUUGCAUCGAUCUUUAGCACGUUUAGCGACUCUCAGCAGAGAAUGCGUAAGCACAGCUUCGAGCGGUUUUUGGUGGAAGAGCAACAGGAACCAGUGGACGGUGAUGAUACAGUGACACAUCUCUUCUCAAAGUUUUCAAAGGGUAAAGACUAUCUGAGUCUCGAUGAGUUCGGAUCUUUUCUUGUAAGCCCUUACACUAUGACAUUUAAGACGGUUGUCGAGGACUUCAGCAAGCCACUUAAUGAAUACUUCAUUUCCUCUUCCCACAAUACGUACCUUCUUGGACGACAAUUCAACGGUGUUUCUUCUAUCGAGGGAUACAUCCGUGCGCUGCAGCGUGGCUGUCGAUGCAUUGAGGUUGACGUUUGGGAUGGAGAAAAUGGUCCCAUAGUAACCCAUGGACGAACGUUUACUGGAUCCAUGGAUUUCAGACUUGUCAUAGAAACCAUCCGAAAGUAUUCGUUUAUUACAUCUCCCUUUCCUGUGAUUAUCUCUCUUGAAAUUAGAUGUAAUCAGGCUAAUCAAAUCGCCUGUGUAUGCAUAUUGAAAGAAAUACUUCAGGAUAUGCUCCUUCCAGUUAGGCUGGGUAGCCUGAAUCCUGAUUCGCUUCCCUCUCCCUUGGAUUUAAAGCACAAAAUCCUCGUUAAAGUGAAACGAUCCAAGUCCGUUUCUGUUGCUAAUGGUAUAUUGCCCUCAUCAACAUCUUCCUCAUUCAGCGAGGAUUCUACAUCCACCUCUAAGAUCACCAAGAUUAUUCCAAAGCCCAAGAAACCCGUCCCUAUUGUUCCUGAACUUGGUGCUCUAGCAUUAUACACAAUAGGAGUGAAAUUCCGGAACUUUUCAUUGCCUGAAUCAAAGACUCUCAACCAUUGUUUUUCGUUCAGUGAUCGAACCAUCUCCAAAAUGCUCAAGGAAAAGACCAAGUUCAACGCCAUCACAAAACAUAACAGAAACUUUCUAAUGAGAGUUUAUCCUUCCGUUUAUCGCUUUAAAUCCGAUAACUUUAACCCUUUGACAUUGUGGUCGUUGGGCUGUCAAAUUGCUGCUACCAACUGGCAAGUUUACGAUGCUGGACAGCAAAUUAAUGAGGCUUUGUUCAAUGUUGGUUCUUGUUCUGGUUAUAUUUUGAAGCCUGAAGCUUUGAGGACCAAUAAAGAACGAUUCAGAAAGACUGAAGACUUCGAGAGUGUGCUCAGAUUCGAUAAGACCAGCACUUUAGAGGUUGGAAUCGUAUCUGCUCAGCAGUUAUCAAAGACUAAGGAUAUGAAGGUGAAUAGUUUUGAUGUAUACAUUGAAGUGGAACUUUAUAGUGGCAAAGUAAUUGAUUUCGAUGCAAGAAAAGGGGAAGGGGUGCAUUCGACCACUAUUGGAGAGCCACAGAUCAAAACAGGUUCAGAUAACACGAAUUCGAACCCAUGCCAACACUUUGAUACACAACAAAUUAUGGAUUUGGGUGUUCCUUCAGCUGUCUUUAGGACUUCUAUAGCCUUAAAGAACGGAUUUAAUCCGAUCUGGAACGAGUAUUUUAGGUUAAGCUUUCAUACUAACCAAGAAAACUUAACAUUCCUAAGGUUUUUAGUGAAAUGCAAUACUCCUGACCAUAAAGAUGUUCUUAUUGGCAGUCAUUGCUGUAAAUUGGACUACAUGAAGAAAGGCUAUCGACAUUUGCCUGUUUACGACCUACAAGGAGAAGAGCUUAUCUAUUCGAGCUUGUUUUUGCACAUCAAUUAG